UGUAGGACCUGCACUAAGAUGCCUGAGUCUCCUCUCAGUCCCUCGGCAGCCCGUCAAACCUCCGCCAGCAGCCUGCUCACUCACACAGACGCUGGCACCGGAGAGAGAGCAGCUAAUGGGACCUCCUGCAGUGGAGUGAGCGGUGAAAACUGGCAAACUCUCCAUAAUAAACAGGUGUUUCUGGCCAUGAUGGCACCUCAGCAGUUACAGCAGCUUCUGUCCCCCAACCAACUGCAGGCUCUGAUCCAGCAGAAGCAACAGUCACUCCUGCUACAGCAGCAACAUCUGAAAUUGCUCUACAAGACGCAACAACAGAUUCAGCUGCUUCAACAGCAGCCCAGCAAGAAAGUCAAGGAGUUCUCUGCGCAGCAGCUCAUGUUCCAGCAGUUCCUUCAGCUUCUUCAGCUCCAGCAGCAGCAGCAGCAGCAGCAGCUCCUCCAGGUGCAGAGACCAGCCCUGUCCUCUCCUGCUGUCUGUCCAGUUGGCUUCAACCCAGCAGAGAUUCAGCAGCUAUGGAAAGAGCUCACAAAUGGAGAAAGUGACGAUAAAGCGGCUGCUGAGAGCAAUCACGAGUUUCCUGCUAACAGUUUCAUGUCAACACAAGUCACAGCGAGACCGACCAGUGACCUGCAGUCGUCUUCUUCUCUCAGGGCAGAGCGUGCUGAUUACGCUGCUUUGCACGUCCUCUACAACCACGGUGUGUGCCACUGGCCCGGAUGUGAAUCAGUCUGUGAGAACUUGUACCAGUUUUUCAAACACAUUGGCAGUGAACACACUCUGGACGACAGAAGCACGGCCCAGUGCAGAGUCCAGAUGCAGGUGGUUCAGCAGCUUGAGCUUCAGCUCUGCAAAGAACGCCAGCGCCUGCGAGCGAUGACGUCUCACCUGCAUCUGCCGUCUUUAGAAGCUCAGUCGCCACAGACAGACGCAGACGCAGACGCUGACCCUCAUGGUCCACAGGUAGAUUGUGAGGCCGUGAAGUGUGAAUCAAAUCGCUCUGUUACACUGAACAGCUCGCAGUCUGUUUUGUUUCUCUGUCAGUCUUUGUUAACGCGCGUCGUCCGCCUGUGUUGCUCUCAGCUCAGUUCAGUCACCAGCGACCUGCCCUCGCUGAGCCCAUCACGCUUGGCACAACCGCUGGCUCCUUCCCAGGAGUGUGAGGAGAAUUCACCCACUCAUACAGAAUGUGCCAGCGCCAUAAGACAUUGUCAACACCCUUUAGUCCACUCACUGCCCUCAGGUAACUAUACCGUAUCUAUAGAAAAUAAGGGACUCACUUCUCUGCUUACCACUUACAUAUAUUAUCUUCAUUCAGAAAAUGAAUAUGAGCUCUACAAGAACAACGACAUCAGGCCACCUUUCACCUACGCAACACUGAUCAGACAGGCUAUUACAGAAGCACCAGACAUGCAGCUAACGCUCAACGAGAUUUACAACUGGUUCACACGGACGUUCGCUUAUUUCAGACGCAACGCUGCCACGUGGAAGAACGCCGUACGCCACAACCUGAGUCUGCACAAGUGCUUCGUGCGUGUGGAGAACGUGAAAGGUGCUGUGUGGACAGUGGAUGAGUCGGAAUAUCAGAAGAGGAGAUCCCAGAAAAUCACAGGGAGUCCUUCACUGAUCAAAAAAGUGUCCUCUAACAUCGCCAGUUUACAGACGGCACUGACGGAGGCUUCACUGCCACGACUCAAUCAGAGUGUAAGCAGAAACGCCAAGAGUCAAAGUCGGGAAAGCAACAGCUACAGACUUCAGCAGUCACUGUUCCUUAAAGAUGAAGCGAUGAACCUCACUGGCCAUGAAUCUCAGUGGCCGCCGAUAAAAGUUGCCGCUGUGCGCCAGGACGUGACCGAAGCUUACGGAGAGCACAUGUUUGACCUCGAAUGA